CAAGGGCACCAGCAGCCUCUCCUUCGGGUGUUGAGAUUUCAGCAAAAACAGUUCUUUUACUGGUGCCAGAGCAGGUGAAGAUUAUUACUGCAGGAAUCGCUCCAGUCAAGGAAACCUCCUACACAAGCAUCCAUUUUUACCGAACCAGGCCAAGAUGGAUUGAGCUCCUGCGGUCAGCUCUUUAUUUUAAUCUCAGGGGUCUUCUGGGAGCUCGCCUCCCUCCCCCAACCCCAAGCUCCAGGCCCCUCCUCCUCCCUCCAAGUCCUGGGAUGAACCAGCCACAAAUCCUCCUAAUCCGUCAGCAUCUCAGGGUGUGACUGUCUCCGGUGGCAAACCCAGCCCGGCAGCCAGGAGACCCCAUUGCUCCCACCCACCCAGCGGUGACAGCCCAGCUGGGCCCACACCACCUCACCCAUGGGGAACAGCAAGAGCGGGGCCCUGUCCAAGGAGAUCCUGGAGGAGCUGCAGCUGAACACCAAGUUCACGGAGGAGGAGUUGAGCACCUGGUACCAGUCCUUCCUGAAGGAGUGCCCCAGUGGCCGCAUCACCCGGCAGGAGUUCCAGACCAUCUACUCCAAGUUCUUCCCCGAGGCCGACCCCAAGGCCUACGCCCAGCAUGUGUUCCGCAGCUUCGAUGCCAACAGCGAUGGCACCUUGGACUUCAAGGAGUACGUCAUCGCCCUGCACAUGACCAGCGCGGGCAAGACCAACCAGAAGCUGGAGUGGGCCUUCUCCCUCUACGACGUGGAUGGCAACGGGACCAUCAGCAAGAACGAGGUGCUGGAGAUUGUCUCGGCUAUCUUCAAAAUGAUCAGUCCUGAAGAUGCAAAGCGUCUCCCAGAAGACGAGAACACCCCAGAGAAGCGAGCAGAGAAGAUCUGGGGGUUCUUUGGCAAGAAGGAUGAUGAUAAACUUACAGAGAAAGACUUCAUAGAAGGGACCCUGGCCAAUAAGGAAAUUCUACGACUGAUUCAAUUCGAGCCUCAAAAAGUGAAGGAGAAACUGAAGGAAAAGAAACCCUGAUGUCAACCGCUCAGGUCUCCUCCCUGCCCACCCCUCUCAAAUAAACACGCGUGUGCACGCACACACACAAACACAAACACACACCGCCCCCGGGGCCUGGAGGGCCUCCAACCCACAGCACAUUAAACCCUCCUGCACAC